AAAAAAAGAGAAAAAUUGUAAUCUCUUUCUCAUGCAAUUAGUUUGUAUAGGACGGUUUGACUGUUCAAAUGAGCUCUUUCAGCCAUGUAUUUUUCCUUGCAGCCCCACACAGUGAGAUAAUUUGUGAGUGUAUACUUUAGAUGUUCAUUAUUUAAUCAAGCAUAAAGUUGGUUAUUUAAUGUUGCAUUCCUAUUUAGUGUCUUAUAUUACAGCAUUUUCAUUCAUUUCAUGGGGUUGUAAAACAAAGUAAUUUGUUGCUGAAGAUGAAGUUAAGGAUGUAAGAGACCUUUCUUACUUUCUGUGGUGUAAGUAAGAGAAAAAAAUGUUGAGUUUCUCUCCGCACUGUUUGGGACAUAUAUCUUUACAUGGACUUGAGUGAUGCGUUUGUUCAAGAUAUCCCACAAAAAUAACUUUUUACCGUCACAUAAAACAUCCUGUCUGGUUUCUAUGUGGUAUAAUUUUUGUUUUUCUUCCUGCUCUAACUUUCUCUUUGCCCAGUCUGUCACGACGAGUGCCACUUUGUUGUUGAGUAUUUGAGGGCUUCAACCUGUACCCGGCAUAGUCUUCUGAGUAAUCCGAGGACUUUAUUUUGCCUUAUCAUGUGUUAGCUGCUCCAACCAGUAUAUUACUGCUACACUAUGUGGAUGACAGAUUGUGGUGUGUGACAGUCUGCAUGCUGAGCUCUGUCUGUUGGAUUUCUGUUACUAGUGACCUACUGCAUGCUGUGUCGCUGUCCAUGGUGCUGGAAUGUUCUUUCAGUGCUGUUUACCAUUGCAAUGCCUUCGUAAAUACCAUACCAUUCAAUUUAAAUUGAUUUAUCCUUGUUUUAUUAGUAAGCAUUGAAUCAGUUAUUGAUUGAUAAUAGCCUAUAGUGUGCAAUUUAUAUUUUUGCCGAAUUCCCGGACUUUCAAAAAUGGAGCUGAAACGAGAACUUAAUUCAUCAGCAGGCCUAUUUGGUGUAAAUGUUCAUACAUCAACUCAUAAUGUGUUGUUCUUCCUACUGACUCAUGGUGUCGCUAUGCACCUGCAAUUGAGUUAAAAGAAUGCCGUCGUCAGCAUUACCACCACAUAUUGACGCCAACAGAAGGCUACAAAGCUUGGACAUCGUGCUACGGCGGUAUUUAAGCCGUAUGAUAUUUUCCUAAAAAUAAAACUCGUUACAGCGUUGUUGGCAUUCUCGAAACACCUAUAUGGUAUAUUAUUCUGUUUUACAAUGGAACUCAGUCGGUUGAGCCUUUCUGUCUCUUUAUUUUUAUUUUUUGGACUACUUUUCGUUCAUGGCGACCUGAGCUAUUCGGUUCAAGAGGAGAUGAAGCGUGGAUAUGUUAUUGGAAAUAUCGCCAAGGAUCUGGGAUUUGAAGUCGGAAUAUUAUCUAUUCGAAAGACUCGUAUUAAAACGGUGGGAAGCGAACGAAGGUAUUGUGAUAUCAAUCUUCAAAGCGGAGAGCUCAUUGUUUCAGAGAGCAUCGACAGAGAAGAACAAUGCGGAGAAAAAACGUCUUGUGUUCUUAAAUUUGAGCUGCUUUUGGAAUCUCCGUUGGAAUUACACCGUGUAUCACUACAGAUACAAGACAUAAACGACAAUGCACCGCGUUUCCCGACGGAUAUUAUCAAGCUGGAAAUAAGUGAAUCUGCUGUCAAAGGAGCUCGGUAUCGCGUCGACGCGGCUCAUGAUGAAGAUAUAGGGCAAAACGGUGUUCAGAGUUACACUUUGCAACGGAAUAACCAUUUUCUUCUAAAUAUACAAACUACAAGUGAUGGCAGUAAAUAUGGAGAAUUGAUUCUCGAUAAGGAGUUAGACAGAGAGGAGCAGCAGGAUAUCAAAUUAUUGCUCACGGCUCUAGAUGGUGGUUCUCCUCAGAGAUCAGGCACAGUAGUAAUAAACGUCAUUGUGUUGGACGCUAAUGAUAACGCCCCCGUGUUUAGUCAGGCCGUGUAUGAGACCAGUCUGCCUGAAAACUCCCCGUUAAAAACUCACGUGAUUACCGUGAACGCAACAGACGCGGACGAGAGCGUUAAUGGUGAAAUAGCAUAUGGAUUUAGUCGCAUAUCUGAGAAAUCAAGAAAAUUGUUUUCACUUGAUCGUCAAACUGGGGAGAUAUUAGUUGCAGGCGACGUAGACUCUGAGGAGGGUUCAACAUAUGAAAUGUUUGUGCAGGCUAAAGACAGUUACGGUCUCUCUUCAGAUACAAAGGUAAUAAUAAGUAUAACUGAUGUGAACGAUAAUUCGCCAGUAAUAUCAAUAAUAUCGUUGACCAAUCCUGUACCAGAGAACGUGUCACCUGGUACAGAGGUGGGACUUAUUAACGUGCUGGAUAGAGACUCAGGAAAAAAUAAAGAAAUCCGUUGCGCUAUUCAGCAAAACCUUCCUUUUAAACUUAUUACUUCAAUCGAAAACUAUUAUGCUUUGGUAACCACAGAGAAACUAGACAGGGAACUAGUGUCUGAAUACAACAUUACAAUAUCUGCUACCGAUGAGGGCUCUCCGCCUCUGUCGUCAGUCAAAGUGGGUCACAUCUCAAUAGCUGACGUCAACGACAACCCACCUGUGUUUGAGGAACAGUCGUAUAGCAGCUAUGUCCUUGAGAACAACAAUCCGGGCCACAGCCUGUGUUCUGUUAAGGCCCAUGACCCAGACUGGAGACAAAACGGUACAGUGAUCUAUUCUCUUUUACCUGGUGAGGUCAACAGUGCUCCAGUCUCCUCUUAUCUAUCUGUUAACGGAGACACCGGAGUGAUCCAAAGUGUCAGGUCGUUUGAUUACGAACAAUUUAGGAGCUUUAAGGUCCAGGUGAUGGCCAGAGACAACGGUUCUCCUCCACUCAGCAGCAACGUGACUGUGAGUGUCUUCAUAAUGGAUGUAAAUGACAACACUCCUCAGAUACUUUACCCCGCCCCAGAGGGAAACUCCUUUAUGACUGAACUGGUACCCAAAGCUGCACAAGGAGGUUCUCUGGUUUCCAAGGUGAUAGCAGUUGAUGGGGACUCUGGACAGAACGCCUGGCUGUCCUAUCAGAUCAUUAAGUCCACUGAUCCGGGACUUUUCAAAAUCGAUCUUCACAGUGGGGAGAUCAGGACCCAGCGAGACAUUUCUGAUUCUGACAACAUGAAACAGAACAUUGUAGUCGCUGUAAAGGAUAACGGACAGCCCUCCCUCUCUGCUACAUGUUCCAUGUUUUUGCUGAUUUCUGAUAACUUGGCUGAAGUACCAGAACUGAAGGACAUGGCUUAUGAAGAUAGCAGUUCUAAAUUAACAUCUUAUCUGAUCAUCGCGCUGGUAUCCGUCUCCACCUUUUUCCUGACUUUCAUUAUUAUCAUUCUGGGAUUGAGGUUUUGUCGGAAGAGAAAGCCAAGACUGUUAUUUGAUGGAGCGGUUGCUAUUCCCAGCUCUUAUCUCCCUCCUAACUACGCAGAUGUGGACGGCACUGGAACUUUACGCAGCGCAUAUAAUUAUGAUGCGUAUUUAACCACUGGAUCUAGAACAAGUGACUUUAAAUUUCUCACGUCUUACAAUGACAACACACUGCCUGCAGACCAGACCCUGAGAAAAAAUGCAACAGACUUCGAAGAAGUGUUUGGAGACCUUGAUGUUUCCCCUGAGGUAAGACAGUUUCACUGUACCAACUUUUAAAGCCUUACCUGUGUUUAGACCACACGCUCUCACCAGCACCACCUGAUGACUUAUUUGAUUUGUUUUCUCAAAUGGAAUCGAUUUUUUUUCUAGUACAAUAGCUGUAUCUCUGCUUUUUUCCUGCUCUGUCUUUUUUGUAAUACCUUGUUUCCUGGAAAUUAUACGAUUUGUGAUGUUUUUAUUUUUAUUUUUAUAUGAGGGAAAUCAAUGUUCAUGUUUUAUUGAUGACCAGAAGUCCACAUGGUUAAUGCAUGAUUGCAUUAAAGGUGUUGUAAUAGGUGCCAAAAUGAUUCAUGAAUCUGGAAGCUCCAUUGCUUAUAUUGACAUGGACUGUCUGUCUCCGCUGGAGCAGGUCACUGCAUAAUCAUAAACCUGCCUGUAGAUGAGCUGCAACCAACUGAAUAAUGCAGUCAUGAUGUGGAGAAUGUCAUGCUUUGCAGCAACAUCCAUUUAAAUGAUGUACCAGCUUUGUGUGUGUGUAUGUGUGUGUGUGUGUGUGUUUGUGUGCACGUGUGUGCGCAUGUUAAACGCACAACUGUGACCUACUUAAUCAGCCUUUGUAAUGGUGCUGUUUUGAUGUGGUAGUGGACCCUACUGAGGAUCUGAAUGUCCUUCACCUGGAUUAUGAAUAAAUAUGAGAGAUUA